UCUGUUUCCAUGACAAUGUAUUACUUCGCAGUGUUUGUCCUUUUGGGGACAGGACUGACGGUAAAUGGCGAGAAGCAUUCCCUCACUUACAUCUACACGGGCUUAUCCAAACCUGUCGGACUCCCGGGCAUCCACGAGUUCACAGCCAUGGGUCUGCUCAACGGCAGGAUGAUCGACUACUUUGACAGCGACAACCAGAAGAAAGUUCCCAAACAGGCCUGGAUGAAAGAGCGACUGCCUGCAGAUUACUGGGACAAAGGCACCCAGUCCCGCCAGAGCAAGCAGCAGUGGUUCAAAGUCAACAUCGACAUCCUGAAGGAACGAAUGAGACAGAAUGACACGGACCUCCAUGUUCUCCAGUGGAUGCACGGCUGCGAAGGCGAAAUGAAGGACGGAGAGAUGAAGUUCAUACGUGGCUUCAACAUGUACGGCUACGACGGAAACGACUUCCUGUCAUUCGACGACGCCAACGGCGUCUGGGUCGCCCUAACUGCCGAGGCAGUCCAGACCAAGAGAAAGUGGGACGGUGUCCAGGUCCUAAAAGAAUACACCAAAGGCUACCUGGAGAACGAGUGCAUCGAUUGGUUGGGGAAGUUCAUCGAUUAUGGACAAAAGCAGCUAGAAGAUGCCAUUCCAAAGGUGCACCUGUUUGCAAAGAACACCACAGUUGAAGCAAACAUCCUUUUGACGUGCCUGGCCACAGGUUUCUUACCAAAAGAAAUCACCCUGCACAUGAAAAGGAACGGCCGUAUUCUAACUGAAGCUGACGGAGUUGUGUCCUCCGGCGUUCGACCCAAUGGUGACGAGACCUUCCAGAGACGAGACAGCGUGGAGAUUUUACCGAGUGACGUGUCUAACUUCACCUGUGAAGUGAUCCAUCUGGCAUCCAAAGUACAUGUUGAGGAGGAGUGGGAUAAGACACUUCAUUAUUUUUUUCCUCCGAAGGUUCACCUGUUUACAAAGAAGACCAAAGUUGAAGCAAAAAUCCUUUUGACGUGCCUGGCCACAGGUUUCUUACCAAAAAAUAUCACCCUGAACAUGAAAAUGAACGGCAGUAUUCUAACUGAAGCGGACGGAGUUGUGACCUCCGGCGUUCGACCCAAUGGUGACGAGACCUUCCAGAGACAAGACAGCGUGGAGAUUUUACAGAGUGACUUGUCUAACUUCACCUGUGAAGUGAUCCAUCAGGCAUCCAACUUACAUGUUGAGGAGGAGUGGGAUCAUAAAGUUCCUGAGGCCUCUCGAGGAAUCAUUGGUGGGGUGAGAGGAUUCGUGCUCGGGAUCCUUCUCACAGUCAUGGUCGGGGGCAGUGCUGUUUGUCUUGUAUAAAAAAGGAAAACUUG